CGAUCAUGGAAGAUUAUGCUGAGCACAGUGUUUACAACUUUUCUUCUUUUUGGACUUCAAAAUCAUCAGUGGUUUAAAGAAUCAGGGUUUUCUCAAAAACCUGCACAAUUAUAUACCAUGAUGGCAGAAUAUGGCUCCCGGCUCUCUCAUUACCAGGCCAGGCUUCGCAUGCCUAAGGAGCAAAUAGAACUUUUAAAGAAGGAAAGCCAGACUUUGGAGAACAAUUUUCGUGAAAUUAUGUUUUUAAUUGAACAAAUAGAUGUUCUGAAGUCAUUGCUUAGAGACAUGAAGGAUGGCGUACACAAUCACAGCUGGCCUGUCCACCGAGAAGAUGUGCAGGACCAGGCCACUGCUGAGAUUCUAGAUGAGGAAAUGUCAAACUUGGUACAUUAUGUACUUAAAAAGUUCAGAGGGGACCAAAUACAGUUGGCUGAUUAUGCCCUGAAGUCAGCUGGAGCAUCUGUCAUUGAAGCUGGGACCUCAGAAAGUUACAAAAACAAUAAAGCAAAACUGUACUGGCAUGGGAUAGGGUUUCUCAAUUAUGAGAUGCCUCCAGACAUGAUCCUUCAGCCAGAUGUCCACCCUGGAAAGUGUUGGGCCUUCCCAGGUUCCCAGGGUCACAUCUUGAUUAAGCUUGCCAGGAAGAUCAUCCCAACAGCAGUUACCAUGGAACACAUCUCUGAGAAGGUGUCCCCCUCAGGAAACAUCUCAAGUGCACCCAAGGAUUUCUCUGUCUACGGCGUUAUGAAAAAAUGUGAAGGAGAAGAAAUUUUCCUAGGUCAGUUUACGUAUAACAGAACGGAAACAACCAUUCAAACAUUUGAGCUCCAGAAUGAAGCUUCUGAAUCUUUGCUAUGUGUGAAACUUCAAAUCCUUAGCAACUGGGGACAUCCAAAGUAUACUUGUUUGUACAGAUUUAGAGUCCACGGCAUUCCCAGUGAUCACACUUAG